AUGUCUCCUGUUCUCAAUGAGUUACCAAAAUCAGUUAUAAAAUGUAUCAAUGCUAUCAAAGCUAAUGCCAUAUGUGAGCGUUUUCUCAAGCAGUUUUGUGAAAAUGCAGACUAUGAUAUCUUUGAAAAACUGAAUAUGUUAAAUAAGCAACUUCAAGGAUCAAAUACUACUCUUGUUGAUGCAAAGACGAAGACAUUUGGCUUUGUUACAUUCAUUGAGUACCAAGAAGAACUCUCAGAAAUGCAAAAUAAUGAGUCAGUUAAAACUUUAUUCAAUAUAAAAGGAGUGAUGUCAUGGCUUUGUGAUGAAACAGAAACCAAAUACCCAAAUUCAGCCAACUUCGCAAGAAAAUUGUUGUUACCGUUCCCAUCUUCAUAUCUAGUCGAAUGUGACUUAAGUGCUACAGCCGCCAUAUUUGGCCAAUGCCGUGUACGAUUUUAA